AUGGUUGGUUCUUGCAACGGCCUGGUUUGUUUAUAUGUACCCUACGCAGAUCCUAUCUACAUAUGCAAUCCCGUCACCGGAGAAUACGUCUAUCUUCCAAAAGUCGACAAGAAGGUUCAAGAUAUUGCAGGUGGAUUCGGCUACCUUCGUACGCUUGAUGUGUACAAGGUCGUUAGAAUUUACUACCCUGUCUAUCGAGGUAAAGGACUUGUCCAGAUAUACACUCUUGGCAACUCCAGUGGAUGGAGAGAAAUUGGGGAGAUAGAACAUAGCAUGGACUCUUACCCAGGUGUCCUUGCCAACGAAACUCUUUACUUCAGGGUUGAUUGUGAAAAAAAUAUUUUGGCUUUGGAUUUAGCAAGCGAAGAGUUCUAUAUUCUCCCAAAACCACCAUUUCUCAGUGAACGUAAUAUUUCCCAUCAACUGAAGGUUGUGAGAGGGUGCCUUUGUAUUGUUCAUUCAAAGAAAGGUGAAAACGUGGAGAUAUGGUCACUCAAAAAUACACAAAAUAAUUGCAGUCAGAUAGGAAAGGAUUGCGAUUCCUGGAGAUGGAGCCUGGAUUAUAGCAUGCGGUGGUUUGGCCAUACAAGCAACUUUUUUGAGCCUCUCGCAUUCACGAAGAAUAACAAACUUUUGAUCUGGUCUUAUUUACACACUCUAUGUUGUUAUGACCCUCAAAUUAAAGAUUUAAGAAGUAUUGUGGAGUACCCUAUGACUUUUGAUACGAUUCCUCAUAUAAACAGUACGGUUUCAUUGAAAUCCUUAGGGAUAGAAGAAUGCGGCAAAGAGAUGGAAGAUGAUCCAAGCAAGAGUGAAGGAAAAUUAGUACGUACUAUGUGCGACAACCACAUAUUAGACAGUGUUCACCCAGGCAAGGGCUACUUUGAUUAA